GUCUGCAGUAUGGCUAUCAAUGGACACAGGGUUCCUCAGUCAAAGCUUAAGACACAGCUAAGUCGGUGCUGUUCUACUGUGUCGUUUGGAAACAGCAGUAUGGCACUCCAGCCAACCUGUGUGAUCACAAGUAAUGCCGAAGAUAUAAAUGUGAUGGCAACAUUGAGGAAUAGAUUAGCACUACAAGAACGCUGAAGCCCACAAUAGCCAUAUUCAAAACCCAGGACCAGAUGUCCUAGAACCCAUAUUCUUAAGUCAUAGUAGUCAAAGAAUAAACAAACAUCCCUGACUGACGUGGAGCCGCUUCAAGUAGGUUAAUACCUCCAUCAGACUUCUUCAUUUUGGAGGAGCAGAGCAACAGAUAGCGGAAUCAGAAUGAAGACUGCUUUUGUUCUUAUCUUGAUCCUCUUAACCAGUUUUGUAGAUGCCUCCCCAAUACUGCCGGAAAAACAAGCCAAACAGAUUUUGAGAACCCGUCGUGAAGCAAGAAAACCUGGCUUUCCUGAUGAGCCAUUUAGGGAGUACAUGCUUUACCUCCAACGCUUGGAGCAGAGAUCUGAAGAGCAAUUCCUUGAGCACUGGCUGAAUCCACACUGCUACCCACAUUGUGACAGGAAUUUAGUGUACCCUGUGUAA